AUGGCCGGCAGGCUUUACCAGAAAUCGCCUCCAAACUUCCAGCGAGCCGAGGAAACCGAAAGCAGCUGGAGCGAGGAGGCUCUCGGGAGGGUGUUCGGCGGAGAUGCUGCCUUCGGCGAGGGGCUAGUGCCGGCGAAGCAGCGGGGCCGAAGGGCUUUAAUCAAAUCCAGGCUUUACCAGAAAUCGCCUCCAAACUUCCAGCGAGCCGAGGAAACCGAAAGCAGCUGGAGCGAGGAGGCUCUCGGGAGGGUGUUCGGCGGAGAUGCUGCCUUCGGCGAGGGGCGGGCCGGAGGCCUACCCAUGAGCUCGGAUUUCCAGCAUUACAGUUUCAGGAUGCCGAACAUCGGGUUCCAGAACCUGCCUCUCAACAUAUACAUCGUGGUUUUCGGCACAGCCAUCUUCGUCUUCAUCCUCAGUUUGCUCUUCUGUUGCUACUUGAUCAGCAAGCUCAGACAUCAAGCACACAAAGAGCUUUACGCCUACAAACAGGUUAUACUCAAGGAGAAGGUGAAGGAGCUGAACCUACACGAGAUCUGCGCCGUGUGCUUGGAGGAGUUCAAGCCCAAGGACGAGCUGGGGAUCUGCCCCUGUAAACAUGCCUUCCACAGAAAGUAA